ACAUGGUCGUUCUUCUCUUCUAGUUAUAAAGAAAACGUUCUUUCUUCUCUUCUCCUUCCUUCUUCUCUUCACAUUUUGAAUUUCUCUUCCUUGACAAAUUCUGAUAUGGAUUCCUACCAAAUAUACCCAGACAAAUUCGAAGUUUGUUGACCUUCUUCACAGUCAACAAAACAUCUUUGGUUUAUCAGAAGAUAGCUUCAGACUAUCUUCACCACGCGUCCCACUUUCUCGCACUAAACCGAGUGAAGAAACUGCUGCAGAGCGCAGAGAAAGGAGGAAAUGGACGCCAAUUGAUGAUGUUGUUCUCAUCAGCUCUUGACUCAACACAAGCAAGGAUCCGGUUGUGGGGAAUGAGUAAAAAUCAAGGGCCUUUUGGAAAAUGAUUGCAGCCUACUUUGCUGCAAGUCCUAAGGUCGCAGGCUAUGAACAUAGAGAGGCCGCCCACUGUAAGCAACGUUGGCACAAGAUCAACUAUCUUGUCAACAAGUUCUGUGGGGCGUACGAAGCUGCAAGUAGAGAGAAGAGCAGCGGUCAAAAUGAAAAUGAUGUCCUUAAACUAGCCCAUGAGAUCUUCAACAACCACAAAAAAAAAUUCAACCUUGAGCAUGCUUGGAAGGAGCUGCGCAAUGACCAGAAAUGGUGUGACCUAUAUACUUCUAAAACCGAGGGAAGCGGUAAAAGAAGGAAGCUUGAUGACGGUGCACAUUCCUCAACUUCUGCUCCAUCCGAAAACAAUACUGCUGAAACUGAUCAAGCGACCACUCGUCCCCCCGGUGUUAAGGCUUCAAAGCGACAUGGUAAGCAAAAGACAAAGGCAGAGGGGAAGUCGAUCUCUGAGUACCAGACCAUGUUGAGCAUCAGGAAGGAGGAUCUCACUAUGAAGGAACGGCUUUCGAAGAUUAAGCUACUAGAUAGUUUGAUUGCCAAACCGGAACCGCUAGCUGAGUAUGAAGAAGCUCUGAAGCAGAAGCUUAUUACCGAGUUUUGAAGAUAGAAAAUACAAUGGUGAUGGAGAUGAGGUCAAUGCUUAGUACAGAACACGGGUAUGGAGUUGAAGGUGAUGGAGAUUAGGUCUACAUUCUCUCUCUCUCCUUUAGUCUUUGCUGGUCAAAAAGAGAGCACGAGUGUAGCAUUGGUCGCAGACUAGCUGUUUAGUCCUUCUGUCUUCUUCUGUAUUCUUCAGUCACGGACUUGUAAACAUUGGUGUCUUGAUGAUAUGAUUGUGGUGUGUCACAGACUUGUAAACAUGUAUAAAAAUUGUGUAUUGCAGCAACAUUUUAUUCACAAUCUCAUCUUCUCUCCUUCUCGUGUUUCAUUCUCUCCUUCUCAUGUUCGAGAUUAAAAAAAAAUACAAGCUCAUCAAACUUUUAAUUCACAAUCUCAUCUUAUCUCCUUCUCGUGUUCCAUUCUUUCCUUCUCGUGUUCCAUUCUCUUCUUCUCAUGUUCGAUAUUAAAAAAACACAAGAACAUCAAACUUUUAAUUCACAAUCUUAUUCUCUCAUUCUUUUAAUUCACAAUCUUAUUCUCUACAUUUUGAUCAUAAAUUUUAUUCGCAAAGCAAUGAAAAACAAUUUUAUGGCAUCUUCUUCUCAUAACAAUUUUGAGGGAGUAGAUGAUGAAGCUUUCGAUCAAUAUUUUGAUCAAGCUUUCGAUCAAUAUUUUGAUCAAGCUUUCGAUUAAGCUUUCUAUCAAGAAGAAAAAAGGAAAACAAGGAAAAAACGAGUUUUCAUCGAGAGAAACCAUGAAGAGGUCAUAUUCGUUUAUGAAAUGAUUAUUUCAGUGAAACGCCGACAUAUCCUGAAAAUCUAUUCCGACGAUGAUUCGGAAUGAACAAGCCAUUGUUCAUGCGUAUUGUUAAUCGACUAGCCAACGAAGUUCACUUGUUCAGACAAAAGAAAGAUGCUCUUGGAAGGCUUGGUCUCUCUGCACUUCAAAAGUGCACAGCAACUAUUCGUGUCUUGGCUUAUGGUGCUGCAGCUGAUACGGUUGACGAGUAUCUCCGGCUCGGUGAAACUACUACUCGGUUGUGUGUCAAAAAAUUUGCCGAAGAAAUAAUAUAUUUAUUUGGCGAUGAAUACCUAAGAAGACCAACACCGGCUGAUCUUCAACGUCUACUUGAUAUUGGUGAGCAUCGUGGAUUUCCUGGGAUGAUAGGAAGCAUCGAUUGUAUGCAUUGGGAGUGGAAGAAUUGUUCCACUUUGGAAAGGUCAAUAUUCAGUGGUUCGUCAAAACUCAUAAUCGUUUUAGAGGCGGUUGCUUCGUAUGAUCUAUGGAUAUGACAUGCAUUUUUGGACCUCCAGGUACUUUAAAUGAUAUCAAUGUUCUUGAUCGCUCACCAGUUUUUGAUGACAUAAUAAAAGGUCAAGCUCCGCAAGUCACUUACUCUGUCAAUGGAAGAGAAUAUCAUUUGGCUUACUACCUGGCCGACGGGAUUUAUCCAAAAUGGGCAACUUUUAUCCAAUCUAUUCCAAUACCACAAGGCCCGAAAGCGGCUUUAUUUGCUCAACAUCAAGAAGCUGUAUGAAAUGAUGUCGAGCGUGCUUUUGGAGUCUUGCAAGCUCGCUUUGCCAUUGUUAAAAAUCCAGCACUUUUUUGGGAUAAAGUCAAGAUUGGGAAGAUUAUAAGAGUAUAUAUCAUACUCCAUAAUAUGAUAGUAGAAGACGAACGAGAUGGAUACACUCAAUUUGAUGUUUCAGAGUUCCUACAUGGAGAAGACAACGGAAGUUCACAUGUGGAUCUCACAUAUUCUACAGAUAUCCCUACAAAUAUCGCCAAUAUGAUGGGUGUUCAAACUAGAAUUCGUGAUAGACAAAUGCAUCAACAACUGAAAGAUGAUUUGGUAGAACAUAUAUGGCGUAAAUUUGGACGUGAUAGAGCCAACUACUGAGUUCAGAUGUUUUUUUCCAAAUUAUUCUCGAUUAUUGUACUAAUCUUUAUUUUUAUGUUUUUUAAAAAUCUAUGUUUUAAAUGUUA